CGCGAUCUGUGAAGGGUCGAUCGCAUCACAGUGUUGAUCCAGCACAGCAGUACAGAGCAAGGGAGAGCAGUGCAGUGCAGUGCAGUUCCUCCUCUUUCGAGACAUCGAUCGAUCGAGAACGGGACGAAUUGCUGCUCUCAAAUACUCGCCAGUUCCAGAUCUCAACACCAACUCACUCUCUCUCGCUCUGACCAAGGAAGGGCGCAGGAGGAACCGCUGCGAUCUUCUGGCACUUGUUUGGAUCGGGACUGUGAGAAAGGAAGGUUUGCUCGUCCGGAUCAGCGAAAAUGAACGACUCACAGGUAUCCGAGCAGGUGACCCAGAUGGUCCACUUCAUUCGGCAAGAAGCCGAGGAAAAGGCCAAUGAAAUCGGGGUCUCCGCGGAAGAGGAAUUCAACAUCGAGAAGCUCCAGCUGGUAGAGGCUGAGAAGAAGAAGAUUCGUCUGGAUUACGAACGCAAGGAGAAGCAGGUCGAAGUGCGCAAGAAGAUUGAGUACUCCACCCAGCUGAAUGCAUCCCGUCUCAAGGUCUUGCAAGCGCAAGAUGAUCUGGUCCGAGCUAUGAAGGCCGAGGCAGAGAAGCAGCUCGUUAGCGUCAGCGAAGACGGCGACGCCUACUCCCAGCUGCUCAAGUCCCUCAUCGUCCAGGGCUUGUACAGGCUGAAGGAGCCGUCGGUCCAGUUGCGAUGCAGGGAGCAAGACUACGGAUUGGUGGAGGGCGUGCUCGACGAUGCGAAGACAGAGUACAUGGCGAAGGUCCAGACGGAAACCUCCCCCGAAGUCUUGGUCGACGGUCAAACGUUUCUACCCGGACCGCCCGAAGAAGGCACCCCAGGUCCCUUCUGCACCGGCGGUGUCGUUCUAGCGUCCAAGGAUGGCCGCAUUGUCUGUGAAAACACUCUAGAUGCUCGACUCGAGAUUUCGUUCAAGCAGAAUCUUCCCGAGAUCCGAAAGCAGCUUUUCGGCAUCACCGUCUGAUGCCGCUUGAGUGCUAAAUCUGCUCCAGAAAGGUCACCUCUUUGACUGAAUUGCAUCAUUCAUAUGUUCAAUCUCAGUGAUCUGGUCCAUUUGUGUCAAGAAAGGACCAGGCAGCGCAGCUGAUCCAAGUCUUCGACCUGUGGAUCGAUUUUUGAUUCCUCUUUAUUGGACAUUCUUCCACUAUCGACCGGAAGAUGUGAGUUUACAUGAUAUUGUACAUGACAGAGCGCUUGCAAUUCCCGUUUGAUGGCGUUGGUAGAGUUUGGCGAUGAAUCGAAUAAAAUCAACCGUUGUGUCUUCUUACAUUGUAGAAUUCCACUCACCGUCACCGCAGCGGUUUGUUUGUACAAUUUCAUCUCUCACAUCCGUCAAGAUUUGAUGCUUCACUGAAUAAUAAGCUUCAUUCCACUACAACUCGAAUUUUGAGCUGAAUGUCGCCGCUCUUACUGC